GCAUACAGAUUGCUCCAGUUAGACAGCUCCACCUCCUUUAGAAGUAAAAAUAAUUUCCUCCCAAAUUCAUAAACAGCAUUUCAACCUACAAUAGUAAAAGUUCUUCUAAGAGGAGGAAAGUAUCUUAGCUCUAGGCAGAACAUGGAAAAACGUGUUGAUUCAAAUGAUGUUGCAGUGUUACAGCCUCCACCGUAUGAAUCUGUUGCAUGUAAUCCUAGUGAAGUAAUCAGCAUUGAACCUUCACCUCCUCCUGUUCGGGACCACUUUAUCUGGUCACUCUUUAGCCUGACAAACUUUAAUGUUUUGUGUCUCGGUCUCCUGGCGGUUGUUUACUCUGUUAAGUCCAGAGAUCAGAAGCUGAUUGGAAAUACAACCGCGGCACGUCAUUAUGGGAAGACCGCAAAGCAACUGAACAUUGGUGCCAUGAUUGGCUCACUGAUUGUACUUGCUUUUCUUAUUUAUAAAAUGUGCUAUGAUCCACACUUCCGGAAAUUUUUCUAAAAAUACUACCAUCAGGACUGCAGAAAAAAAUGGGGCUCUUCUGAAUACUUCUUUUUUUUGCAAUCACUAAAAGAAGUGAAUGAAAUCUUUUGAAGUAAAGCUGCUAUAGCGUUUGUGUACUGAGCUGUUGUGAAUUCUGCAGUCUGUAUUAGAGCUGAGUAAUUUUCGUAAAAAGAUGUUUCUUAUCUGUGCUUUUUGUUGUUUAUGAAAUAAAAUUCAUGUAAACAAUUAUACCAAAAUACUAAUCACUUACUCAAAAAUAAUUUGAUUACGCAGUGCAUUUUAAGGGAGUUUGCUUUUGCCAAAGAUGAUUAUUUUAAUAAUGUUCUACUUAGUUUUUAAAGGAGUAUAUUUCCUAAUAUACAUGCAAACAGUAUAUGGAAGCUGUUGCAUCCAAAAUGAACACUUAGCUAGCUCAUGCUCUUUACUAACCAAAUGUGCCAUGAUGAAAAUAUUAUGUGUGUCCUAGAAGUGUUAGAAAAGAGAAAAAGUUAAUGCUUCCACUUACCUCUGCAUAGUUUAAUACUAAAGGAUGCUGAAAUUGCCAAUAAAAGCAGUUUUCUAAGCACAAUGUUCUAAAGAAGUACCAUGUUGCUGUUAUGAGCAAACACGAGUGCUGGAGAGCUAUUGAGAAAAAGAACACUUGAAUAAUAAAACAUAUUGAAUACUGA